AUGGCGCGCCGAACCUCCCGCCUGGCCGCGUCCGCAACUCCCGCUCUCGCUGACGUCCCUGCCACACACGACACCCCCGACGACACGAUGAGCCUCGACGUCCCAGAGCAGCUCCUCACACCAGAGGCCAGCCGCUCUGAGACCUCAAGCAACACCGAGAACGCGUCGAAGGAGGAGCCAUCGACACUGCCACGGAGAUCAACACGAGCCACACGCGCAUCGUUGCAGGCCACCGAGGCGCUCGAGAACACACCGGUCAAGAAGAAUGACACCGCCACCUCAUCAAGUCAAGCCUAUGUCGACAGUCUGGCCAGCGCAAAGCGCUCGCGGUCUGGGCUCAGACAUAGUAUCGCCGUGAUGCAGUCGUCAUUGCGGACUGACUCGGGUCUGUCUACUGAUGAUACCUUGAUCGAAGACCACUCAAUGGCUCCCGAUACGCCUAUUUCGAAGUCCUCACAAGAACCACAAUCCGAAGAUACGACCACAUUCCUUCAGCAACGGACUCUACGAAAGCGUGUUGAGAAGGCACUGGCCGAGGAUGAGACACCGGCUGCGGCAAAAUCAACGCCCCAUGAAGGUUCCCGAAAAUCACUACGGCUAUCGACUCGCUCUAGUAUACUGGACAAGGCUUCGGACUUUUUGGAACGAGCCAACCGUGUUCUGGGUAAACGGUCCAGGGAGCUGAGUGACAAGGGCAAAGAGGUUGGUCGACGUGCCAGUCUUCGUCCCCGGGUUGCGCCAGCCAAGGAGGAAGCGCCAGUGCCAGCGCCAGCAGCAGAACCACCUGCUAAGAAGCGCCGGGUCUCUGAGAGUGAUCUCCUAGAUCUGAAGUCUAAGGAUGAAUCGCCACCAGCCGAGGAGCCUAUUGUCCCGCCUGUUCCCAAAUAUAGGCGUAAGACAUGGAUGAAACAUGGGUUGUACAGUGGACAGGAAGCAAGCAAUUCUCCUCCGAAACAGCGCAAGAGCAAAAAUUCUGAGAAAUCUAGUCUCGACAUUAUCAGGCAACGGCGCCAUCUCCCUAUGCCAAUAUUUGCCGGGGCUCGACUUAUAAAGACCCAAAGAGAUUAUGUUCUUCCUUUUGACAUUUUCUCCCCACUCCCACAGGGUCAACCCAAACCGGAUGAGUGGCGCAAGACCAACCACAAUGUUUUCGUUGGUGAUGCUGCCGGGGAAUGGAGAGCAAACAAGAAAGAAGAACUUUCUACUUGCAUGUGUGACGAGGACACUGGCUGUGAUGAUAAUUGCCAAAAUCGCUACAUGUUCUACGAGUGUGACAAUGGCAACUGCCGAUUGGGUGCAGAAUGUGGAAACCGAAAUUUCAGUGAGCUUAAGGCUCGAACAAAGGCUGGUGGCAAGUACAAUAUUGGUGUGGAGGUUAUAAAAACCGAGGAUCGAGGAUACGGUGUGCGUAGCAACCGGUCCUUCGAGCCAAACCAGAUCAUCGUGGAGUAUACUGGAGAAAUUAUCACUCAAUUCGAGUGCGAAAGGAGAAUGAGGAACGUUUAUAAGAACAACGAGUGCUAUUAUCUAAUGUACUUCGAUCAAAACAUGAUCAUUGACGCCACACGAGGAUCCAUUGCACGAUUUGUGAAUCACUCCUGUCAGCCGAAUUGCCGAAUGGAGAAAUGGACUGUUGGUGGCAAGCCACGAAUGGCUCUAUUUGCAGGAGACCGAGGGAUUAUGACUGGAGAUGAGCUGAGUUACGACUAUAACUUUGAUCCCUACUCCAACAAAAAUGUUCAAGAGUGCCGCUGCGGAGCACCGAACUGUCGUGGUAUUCUUGGACCCCGGCCGAAAGAUCGAGACCAGCGUGCCAAAGUAGAAGCGGCCAAUGAAAAGGAGGCCAAGAAUGCAGGCACGAAGCGAAAGCGCUCAACAGCGGCUGGAACCGCGACUGCUCAAGCAAAGAAGCGCAAGCUACCCAAUGCGAAAUCUAUUAAGGCCGGCGUCAAGAAAGCCGUAACGAAGGUCACAUCUGCGCGUGGUAAGACAACUACAAAGAAGACUACCACUACUACCACAGUCCGUGGGCAGACCAAGACCAAGACUGUCGAGAAGAAGAAGAAGACUGUCAAGUUGCCCACGGUCAAAGCUGCAUCCAGAGUCAAGGCUGCCAUCCGCGGUCCUCAACGAAAGGCAGCACCAGCUAAGGCCAAGGCCAAGGCAACAACUAAGGCCAAGGCAACUACAUCGCCGGCCAAAAAGACCAACCAGCUCAAGCGGCCUUCUCCUGAAACCAAGAAGAAGAUCCUCGCCAACGCUGCAAAGGGAGCCAAGUCCCCGGCCAAACCCCCGGCCAAAUCCCCGGCUAAGUCUCCUGCUAAGUCGCCAGCCAAAUCACUAGCCAAAUCACUAGCCAAGUCACCAGCGAAGUCACCAGCCAAGUCGCCAGCCAAGUCGCCAGCCAAAGCCAAAGCCGGAAAAGCCUCCACAAAACCUCCUCGCAAGCCCGCCGCGAGAAAGGCACCUUCUAAGACCCCCAUUAAGGCCAAGAUGCCCCCUUCCAAGGCGAAGGGUACAAUCAAGAGCCCGAGCAAGACUACCAAGGGGAAAAGCCUGAGCAGCAGCGUGAAAAGCGCAGCCCGUAGUGUUGUCCGAACUGUCAAGGGCGGCAAAAAAUAA